AUACAUUUCAGGACAAUAGCAGCUCAACUAAAGGAAGGCACAACGAUUAUUCCACGCAGUUACGACUCAGUCACUGUCGCGUUCUGUCAAAUUGUUGAUUUUGGUGUACUUAUGGGUAAAUGUACGCCUGAUCAAGUGAUCGCGUUUUUGAAUGACGUCUUCACGACGUUCGAUGAAGUGAUCGGAAAGCAUGAUGCGUACAAAGUUGAAACAACCGGUGAAACUUAUAUGGUAGCGUCAGGUGUACCGAGCGAGAAUGAAGGUCGUCACGUUUUCGAAAUAUCUGAAAUUGCACUCGAAAUCCGAAAGGUACGUCUUUAA